CCCAUAAGGUACAUCUGGGCUUCUGGGCGUGCUAUAAUUGUUUUUACACUCUCCACUCCACAUUGUCUUCCCAGAUCUGAAAGUGAGAAGAGGAAGGGGGAGGAGUUUGUCCCAUUGGAAAGAAUUUUUGGAGAGCCUCGAUCGAUCAACCACUACCACCACUACCAACCUCAACGUCGCUUGGUCUUCUCUUUGCUCCAUCACAGACAUCGACCUUCGACAGAUAUUUGACUGACAGCGUAGGGAAGAUAGCCUUCGAUCGUGGCUUGACUCAGACGAUUCCGUCACCCCUCUCUCAAUCCUGAUAUCUGUAUAAUCUCUCUCUUCUCAUCUGCUUGUCAGUCUUGAGGGAUCUUCCUUCUCAUCCCUCUUCUCAUCAUGUACGGCAACAACGACAAGGUGAUAUCAAACGAUUAUGCCAUGAACGUAAGCGGACCCUCCACUUCCGAUCGGGCGGCGCAACGAACAUCACAGUCCGGUGAGACGCACAACGCAACAGUGGACGACACUCGACAAUCCGAUCAACAGUCCUGGUUCCCUUCCAUGCUUGGCGAGCUUCCUGGUCAAUCCAUGUUUCCAUCUCAUCCGUCGCAACGUCAACCGUCUGUCGAUUCGGGUCCAGCACACACCUCACAGAGGAGUCAUCAGACGAGUACCUCAGUGACCAGCUUUUCCAGUCCUGAAGGGACGCUCAGCGCGAGUACGAGUGGUAGCAGACCUGCCCAGAACGGCAAGCUUGCCAAAGCCAAAGCCACAGCGAUAGCUCCUGAAGCUACGAACACGACGAAAAAGAAGAAGAAGAGGAAGUCUGGCGAAGUGCCAAAUUCAGGAGGAGGUGAUGCGGACGGGGACAAGGAGAAGAGGAUCAAAACGGGUAGAGCUUGUGAUGCUUGUCGAACCAAGAAGAUCCGGUGUGAUAUCUUGCCUUCAACGACGUCGCCCGGGGGCCGAGAAUCUCAGCAGAUUUGCGCUCAUUGCAAACAGUGUGACCUAGAGUGCACCUGGUUCUUGCCUAUCACUGAGACUCGUUUCAAGAAACGGAAAACGAUGGAGGACUCGAACGACGCCUCGUUCAACCUAAAGGCGAGUGCCACUUCCUCGCCUGGUCCGGCCACUCCGCGCGAAGUACCGGCAAGAACAGAAGGUCCAACAUCCCUAUCGUUUCUCCUUCACACCGCUCUCCCUGCGAACGCAACUGCUGCUUACGAUCUGCGUCAACACAAUCGUUGGGAAGUUUCGGAAGACGGGAACGGCCUCAUAAGAGUGUCCGUCCCACCUCUUUUGAACGGCAACGAAGACGUGGAAGACCUGACAAGAGGGUACAAUCGACUCGCUCGACCGACACUCAACGCUGCAACCAUUUCCUCGCUUGUCAAUGCUGACUUUGAUCAUAUCGCGCCAUUGUUCCCUAUUGUCCUCAGGUGCGAUUUCGCGGCAAAAACCAAUCCCAGUCCAUUACUCCUGUAUGCCAUCUGUGGGCUAGGCUCAACCCGUCGGGAGUUUCCGAGGGAGCUCUUCGCGGGUGUUAGGGGCAUGAUCAAUGGAUUGCUGCGGUCCAACGAUAUACUCAGUGAUGCUAGAUUUGAGCAUGUCCAGGCCUUGCUCCUCCUUGCACAAGCCGGAGAUCUUCAUGCUCAACCUACAGCCGCCACUGCCAGUGCCUGUCUCAUCCGACUCGCUUCUGCUAUUCGAAUGGCUCAAGACCUAGGUCUGCAUCGAGAGUCGUCUUCACGUGCUCAAACAGUUCGAGAUCUGGCAUUCGUAGAGCUACGCCGGAGAGUCUGGGCAACGUGUGUGAUUCUUGAUCGAUGGUACGCGGCGGCCUUGGGAAUCCCGCUGUUGGUCGAUCUGCUCGACUGUGACAUUCUGCUGCCUGCGCCAUACGAGAUUCUUCCCGAUUCAGAGCCGUCUUCCUGGCGAAUCGACCCGAGCUAUCUCUAUCUCGCCGAACACCUCAAACUAGCUAUCCUGAUCGGCCGAGUUCUCAAGACUAUCUACUCGCCGACAGGUCUUAAACACACUUCAGAUGAACAGCUGCGGAAUAUUUUGGAUGACCUAGCAAAUUGGCAGAGGAACUUGCCCAAUGAUUUGAAGUUCAGGGGGAAUAGUGAUUCGCCCACUUCUGGCUUGCUACAUAUUGCCCGCGCCGCCUUGAAGUUUCUUUUCUGGCGAGUGUUCCUACGAAUCACAUAUGUGGUCCCUCCCCACCUUCAAUUACGAAUCCAAGUGGCGGAUUGGACCGACAUGGUCCAGAAUGCAGCCGAAGCCAUUCAGUGGCUGUCUUCCAAUGACAGCGUCCUUGAUACAAUCUUUGUCUUUGCGUAUACCCUUACUUCUUGUGCUUUGGUUCAUUACCAUACUUGGGCCAGGAGGAAAGAUCCAGUGUCUUUGGAGAUGCUUAGGUUGGUCAGAGACACGGCUCAGCGGUGGGAGGAGCAGGUCCAACCGGAUCAAAUGAGUCUCCGUCGGAAAACAUGCGAGAUCAUGACGCUCCUGCACGAAGCCGCACUUAAAACCAACCCUGAAGACAACGGUCAACAUCUCCCUGCCCCUGUCAACCCGACCCCCGGCGUCUCUGCGCGGUCCGAUGUCUCCCGAGUGGCUUGGGUGAAGGACAACGAAAUGCCAGGAACUGGCUUCUGGGUGGCGAGAAGCGACGAAGAUCGUCGAGCAGGAGGGGUCAUAGCUGAAGCUGUCAUUCUGCUCGAGGAUCUCAAGCCGCACUCGGACGCACACAGAAAGGCUCAACGGGCUUUGGGCAUACUGGAUGAACCUGAACCGCGACCUGGACCUGGACCGAGCGCAAACGAUCCAUUCGCGAGCAUUGAGAUGAGCGACUUGCCCGCCGAGAUGCAAGCUAUUGCCAAUACUGCGAAUGUCAAUCCGCAAAUCAAUGAGAAGGGUGUGGAUCCGUUCUCGGGGCAGCCGGGGCCCGAUUGGACGAGCUGGUCUCUCCCAUCAAAUCCUGUGCAGGAGGUGCUGAAUCUUGGCACGUUGGAUACUUUGCCCAUGAGCUCAUUUGACUUUCCUUCGUGGGAGCAAUACUUUACAGCGAUCAACUCGGCUGUAUCACCUGAGCGGGAAACCUUUGGUCAGCUGCAGCCCAUCGACUUGCGUAGUCAUCCGUGAGCGUCAGCGGAAUCGCAAUAGUCACAUUCCGUGACGCGUGUUGGAUGUGGAGGGGGUCCUUUCUAUCUGUUGGCUGUAGGUAGUGAAGAUGGUUUUUAGUUCUAUCUGCUUGUUGUGUAGUUGAUCAUCCGCGGAUCAU